AUGGGCUCUACCAAAGACCUGGAGGUCGUGCUUCUAGAUUCCGAUUCUGAUCUGGAGCUUCAGCAUGUGUCGAAACGGCAAAAGUUAGACCCUCUUCCGCCUCAGCCACAACCUCUGGAGGUUGUUAUUCCUCCGUUUCAAAAGCCUUUUCAAGAGUCGGACUCCGAGAGUCCAGUUCCAGAGCAGGUUCCGGCGGCAGAAGCGUACGAUGAGAAGAGUACCUCGCCAGCACUCUCGGAGUCAUCCGAAAUCACGGGUCAGAGCGUGAAUUCCCUGGAUCUAGAUGAACUCAGCGCUGGUGACCUCCCAUCUAAUGGGCAGGAGAACGGCAACGGCUUAACUACAGAUCAACUUGCAAUGAAACGAACAAUUUACGAGACACGGAAGUUUUUGAAGACGAAAGGCAUCAUGGCGUUCCUUGAGGAAUAUCUUCCGCCCACAGCGCUGAGUGACGAAAUCUACAAGUUGAUUCUCAAGCUAGGCUUCAACCCAAGGAACUUGCCUCCUUUCGAAAAAGGUGAGAACCUUCUUCAACUUAUCAAACUCCUUCAUUUGGCAAUGAAACGUGUUCGUCAGUUGCGAUCACGUCUAGACAAUUUCUAUAGGGUUGAGGACGCCUUGAACAAGAUUAAAUCCGCUCAAAAGGUGCUUGUCAUAACUGGUGCUGGUAUCUCCACCAGUUUGGGAAUUCCCGAUUUUAGAUCCUCGAAAGGUUUCUAUUCCAGAAUUUCCCAUAUGGGGCUUACAGACCCGCAAGAGGUAUUCGACUUAGAAAUAUUCCACACCGACCCGUCUAUCUUUUACUCCAUCGCACAUAUGAUCUUACCGCCAGACAACAUUUAUGCCCCGUUGCACAAGUUCAUUAGAUUAUUACAGGACAAGGGCAAACUAUUGCGAAAUUAUACCCAAAAUAUCGAUAAUUUGGAAGCAAACGCCGGUAUACGUCACGACAAAAUGAUUCAAUGUCAUGGCUCGUUUGCAUUCGCCACUUGUGUUACCUGUGGCUACCAAGUUCCUGGCGAAGCUCUCUAUCCCACUAUGCGCAAUAAAGAGAUAGCAUACUGCCCAAACUGUGCCAAGGCUAGAGAGAAACUCAUGAAUAGAGACGAUUCUUACGUUGAAGAAAGCUAUGGUGUUAUGAAACCAAAUAUCACAUUCUUUGGAGAGCCCCUCCCUAGGGCUUUCCAUGACAGUAUAAAUCAGGAUCUCAAGGAAUGCGAUUUGAUCAUCAGCAUAGGUACAUCACUCAAGGUGGCCCCGGUGGCCGAUAUUGUCGACAAAGUACCUGCCGAUGUUCCGCAGAUUCUCAUCAACAGAGAUCCUAUCCAUCAUUGCAAUUUUGACAUCAGUUUCUUGGGCUACUGUGACGAUGUGGCAGCUUACUUGUGUAAUAGAUUGGGCGACGAGUGGGCCCUAGAUCAUCCUCAAUACGAGGAGUUAUUGUGUCCUUCAAGAGAUAACCUUCAGCUUGAGACAACCAAGGAACGCGGAGUUUACAACAUAGUCAAUCUUCAACGCGAGUCCAAAAUGGCGCAGGAGCCUCCAGUGGCUCCUGAAGAGCCCGACUUGGUUGUCUUGGAACCUACCAUAUAA